AUGGCUCACAUUUACGAGAUCGCUAACUCGGUCGAAUAUCCCUAUGUUGAUGGCCGGAAGAGGGGAAAUCAAGUCAAAUUCCCCAACACCCCAGUUUUCCAAACAUUCAACGCACCAUCUCGACUCGAGGGUGACAUAUUUGAUCUUGAGAUCAGUGGAACAAUUCCGCAAGAAAUCAACGGCACGUUUUAUCGAGUUCAACCUGAUCAUCGGUUCCCUCCCGUAUUCGAAGAAGAUAUACAUUUCAGCGGGGAUGGUAGCAUAACGGCGAUUCAAAUUCAAGACGGCCAUGCGGACUUCAAGCAACGCUACGUGCAGACUGAUAAAUUUAAAGCAGAGGCUGCUGCUAGAAAGAGCCUGUUUGGCAAAUAUCGAAACCCAUAUACUGAUUCCGAGUCUGUCAAAGGCGUUAUCAGAACGGUGGCCAAUACCAACAUUACUUUUUGGCGGGGGGUCCUGUUAGCAUCAAAGGAGGAUGGCCCUCCAUAUGCGCUGGACCCAACCACCUUGGAAACAAUUGGUCGAUACGAUUUCGAGGGCCAAGUACAGUCUCCUACAUUCACUGCCCAUCCGAAAUUUGACCCAAAUACGGGAGAAAUGAUUUGCUUUGCUUACGAAGCCGGUGGAAAUGGAAAUGAUGGAUCCUGCGAUAUUGUGGUCUACACUAUUGAUGCCAACGGCAAGAAAACCGAAGAGGCAUGGUACAAGUCUCCAUUCUGUGGGAUGAUACAUGAUUGUGGAAUCUCCAAGAAUUAUGUUGUCCUUUCCCUGACACCUCUCAAAUGCUCUGUUGAUCGGCUGAAACAAGGAGGUAAUCAUUGGGCAUGGGACCCAAAUGAAAGCCAAUGGUACGGGAUUAUCCCUAGAAGAGGUGGGAAGCCGGAAGAUAUAGUCUGGCUAAAAUCUGACAAUGGAUUUCACGGGCAUGUCGCUGGCUGCUACGAAAACGAAGAGGGACAUGUGGUCUUCGAUCUGACGGUCGCCGAUGGGAAUGUCUUCUUCUUUUUCCCACCCGAUGGGCAAGAUGCGAGUACCUUGAACGCAAGAAAUCGUUUACAGAGCAUCACCCAUCGCUGGGUGUUUGAUCCCAAAACCCGAACGGGAUCUCACGUCAGUCCUGAGAUCCGGUGGGACACCAGUGGAGAGUUCUCACGCAUUGAUGAUCGGUUCGUCACCAAGAAGUAUAACCAUUUUUGGCAGGCAAGAAUUGAUCCAGCUCGAGAAUAUGACGCAGCGAAGUGUGGCUCUCCAGCUGGAGGUCUCUUCAAUUGCUUAGGUCACUAUACUUGGGAUGACAAGAGCGAGGACGUGCUUUGGGCUGGACCGCGAGCGACUUUUCAAGAACCCACUUUUAUUCCUAAGAAUGGCGGUGGAGAGGGCGAAGGGUGGAUCAUCGCCCUCCUCAAUUGCUUGGAUGUUCUUCGAAAUGAUAUAGUGAUCGUAGAUGCACAGAAUUUGAAAGGAGGACCCCUGGCGAUUAUACACCUUCCUCUAAAAUUGCGACUGGGUUUGCACGGCAAUUUUGUUGACCAGCGAGAAAUUGAAGCGUGGCAGCGUCGUCGAGGACUUGAUGGUGAGGUUGGACCAGCUCAUCCAGCUCAGAAACCUUUGGCUUGGCAAUUGGACGAGCUUGCCUAA